AUGGCAAAAGCAUUAAUCGAUUCCGCAUUUCAUCCAACAGAAAUCAUCGCAUUAAUCCAAUACAAAUUCACUCAAUCGUCGUCAUCAUCAUCAUCUGUUUUGACUCGCAAGGAAAAAAUAGCAUGCUGGCGUAAAAGUAAAAUACGAUGUUACGAGUUUCUUAAUUUGACGUCGCGAUCUUUUGCAGUUGUUAUACAGGAAUUGAAUGAAGAGUUAAGAGAUGCAGUUUGCUUAUUUUAUCUUGUUUUACGUGGAUUGGAUACGAUCGAGGAUGAUAUGACAAUUCCAAUCGAGAAAAAACUUCCCAUAUUGAGAGAUUGGGAAAAGAUUAUCGCCACAGAUGGAUGGAAUUUCACAGAAAAUGGUCCAGAUGAGAAAGACCGUCAGUUGUUGGUGGAAUAUCCGGUUGUCAUUGAAGAACUAGAGAAGCUUGAUACAGUUUAUAAAGAAGUGAUUUUUGAUAUUGCCAAGCGAAUGAGUAAUGGCAUGGCCGACUAUGCAACAAAUGCCGCACAUAAUGAGUACGGCGUGAACACGAUAAAAGAUUAUGAUGAGUAUUGUUUUUAUGUGGCUGGCUUGGUUGGAUUAGGUCUAAGUAACUUGUUUAGUGCUAGUGGUCUCGAGAGUCCUGAAGUGGGAAAGAACACGAAAUUAUCAAUUUCAAUGGGUCUCUUCCUCCAAAAAACAAACAUCAUCCGAGACUAUCUUGAAGACUUGAAUGAAAAUCGACGUUUCUGGCCAAAAGAAAUCUGGUCCAAAUAUGCCAGCAAUCUGAGCGAUCUCAAAGACCCCGAUCACAAGAAACAAGCAAUCGACUGUCUAUCGAACAUGUGUCUGGACGCGUUGCAACAUGUACCCGAUUGUUUGGUGUACAUGGGCAAUAUACGUGAUCAGAAAAUUUUUAAUUUUUGUGCUAUUCCUCAGGUGAUGGCUAUCGCUACUUUGGCGCUUGUGUUUAAAAAUUACAACAUUUAUCUGAGAAAUGUAAAGAUUCGAAAAGGGGAGACUGUAAAGUUGAUUCAAAAAGCAACGAAUAUAUUGAAUGUGAUCGAUAUUUUUCGUCAUUACACACAAGUAAUCAUCACAAAAAACGAUUCACGAGACCCAAACUUUUUAAAGAUUAGCAUCGCAUGUGGACAGAUUAAACAAUGGUGUCAAACACUCGAAGCCAGUCACAAAUUAUCCUCCAAAUCCAAAGCAUUCAACAAAACUAGCGAACUCAACUUAUUUGACGCGCAACUGUUCAUCUUGUUUGUUCUCUUGUUGCUGGCUACUACCGGAUGGGCUAUGCAUUUAUGGGGGAUCCAUUGGGAACAGGUUGUUAAUCAUUUGAUAUUUUUCAAUUAG